AUGACAUUUCAGCAAAAUGAACCCUCGGCCGUUCCGGCGCAAUCCUCUCUAUCCUUCACUCAGGGAUUCCUUCUAGGGCAGCUCUCCGUUGUACUGCUAAUCGGUGCCUUCAUCAAGUUCUUCAUUUUCGGCGAAGCUCCUCCACCGCCGUCCCGCGGCCUUUCUCACCGCGCUUCAACCCACAGACGCUCCAAUUCGAUCUACGCCAUAAACCCUAAUGAAGGAACAUCUAGAUCGCUGAGAGAAAAACCGUCCACGUCCAACGUUCUUCGUCCAGUGCCGUCAUCCUCUACCAACACUCGAUCCAUUCUUCGGAAAACCUACUACAGCGCUAUCCCUACAAACCCCUCGGGAAAGCAUGGCCGCCAUAGGAUCCAUCAUUCCUCGCAUCAGCCGGAAUCGCUGGAUUGGUUCAAUGUAUUGAUCGCACAAACUAUUGCGCAGUAUAGGCAAACGGCGUACUUGCUGAAAGAUGACCCUACGUCCUCGAUCCUCAGUUCGCUGACUGCGGCAUUGAACAACCCAGAAAAGAAGCCUUCCUUCAUAGACAAGAUCGCGGUGACGGAUAUAUCCUUAGGCGAAGAGUUUCCAAUCUUCAGCAAUUGUCGUAUCAUUGCUGUGGACGAUCCCAACUCUGACGGCGGAAGGCUUCAGGCAUUGUUGGACGUCGACUUAAGUGAUGACAAUCUCUCUAUUGCUGUAGAGACCUCCCUUCUCUUGAACUACCCCAAACCUUGCUCGGCCAUUCUUCCGGUGGCUCUAUCUAUCUCCGUUGUACGGUUUUCAGGGACAUUGUGCAUAUCUCUGGUCCCAGCAUCCACGCCUCCCCUUCACACACCGUCACCUUCACCGUCACCCCCAACUGCAGAUGGGGCUGCUAAUACACGAACACAGCCUACCAAUGGGUCAGGAGACCCUGCUCAGGAUCCCCCUAACGCACAAGAAGAGUCUCCGCCAAAAACCAGCCCGAAAAGCAACGUCGCGUUCUCAUUCCUCCCUGACUAUCGACUCGACCUCUCAGUGCGGUCACUCAUUGGCUCCCGUAGCAGGCUUCAGGAUGUACCCAAAGUCGCUCAACUGGUGGAAGCCCGUGUUCAUUCAUGGUUCGAGGAACGUGUAGUAGAACCCCGAGUGCAAGUGGUAGGCUUGCCGGAUCUCUGGCCUCGCAUGGGCCGGACAGGCGUACGGACAGAAGACUCGGAAACUGGCUCUAACGCAGCAUCACGGUCCGCUAUGUCUGCCGAUAUGGGGAAUCCACUUCGAGCCGAUGACAUCGGUAGGGAACCAGACGGGCUGAGAUUCCGAGGAAUGGGGGCACGGCCACCGUUCGACACUGUCUCACAAACGAGUAGCUUCAAUGUCGAGACAGGUGGAUUUCGCAGCCAUAGCAUGACCCGAGAGGGAAGCGGUGGUGGCAUGAGUGAUGACUUUCAAAUGCCUGGCACUUUACCUGGAGGUGCGGCCGCUAACUAA